GAAAUUGUGCAGAUCUUGAAAUAGGACGUGACACAAAUUCACCGGCCGGUCAGCUGCUUUUAUUGCUGCUAGCUUUGAUUUUAACAACUCUACGAAUAGCUGAAGGGGCAAAGCUCUACAAGAUUGCAUUGAUUUGAAUUCAACAAUAGCCAGGUGCAUCUUGCCGAAAUGUUGGACCACGGUCCUAUAUCUGCCUGGGUUCGAUUCUACAUCUACGCUAUCCAUGGCUACUUUGCCGAGGUCAUGUUCACAGCUGGCUGGGAGUUUGUCGUCAACAUGAACUGGAAGUUUCCUGGAGUGACUAGCGUAUGGUCGCUGCUCAUCUAUGGGGUGUCAAAUAUGGUAAUAGAGCACCUAUACCUUCGCCUUAAAGACACAGUGGGGCUUAAAGGUCGGGUGUGUCUAUACGUCAUCUGGAUCUACCUUUGGGAGUUCUCCACUGGUCUGAUCCUACGACAGUUUGACGCCUGUCCAUGGGACUAUUCUCCAUUUGAUUUUGAUUUCUUCGGAUUGAUUACUUUGGAGUAUGCCCCAGCUUGGUUUAUCGGAGCACUUCUAACGGAGCAAGUUCUGAUAAAGAACACCCUACGUUUGAAUUUUCACGGUGGAGAGAAAGUUGUGCAAUCUACAACAGACAUCAGAAAUGGUUCAUCAAAGAAGAAAUUUUAGAAGACAGCGACAUUCCGAGACCAAAAGAAGAACAUUUAAACCACAUUGUUUCAUUCGUGGCAACUUCUACAAAAAUUUAUGUCAGCCGACAAUUCUUUCAGCAAACUUGGCCCGUACAUGUGUUUCGUUUAGAAACUAUAAGGCUCACAGAAAUCCAAAGUAUUAUAGUUUCUAGAAGUACUGUAUGUUCAUAUACUAAAAGAAAAUAUUCUAUUUAUUCUUCAGAGACCAUUCAUUCACGCAUAAUCAUCAAGCACACAAAUAUACCUACAGGUCGAUUUGUUGACCAAACUUGUCCAGUAAAAUGUCUGAAAAAUGUUUUCUUUUAAAACAGAACUUUGGUUUUGUUUUUAAAUGCAUGUAUAGUUAGAUGGGAAUUAUCAUGUCCAAAACGUGACCUUUAUAAAAUUGCACUUUGACCUAUUUGAAUUCCAAUGUAGGUCAAACCUUGUAGUCGUUUGUAGUGAGCCAAUAUGGGGAUGUUAGUAAUUGCUGCUUGCCACUGCUAUGGUCUCUAAAGGGAUAAACUAUCGGCAUGUAAGCAGACAUUUGGUAUCAACACCUUUUAGCAUAGAAUGGUGAUUUUUAAGUGCAGAAUACUCAUUGAAGUUAGGCCCUAAGAUUUUGAUGUUACAUGUUCUUUGCAUUCACUUUUUAUAUCAUUCAAGAUCUUGAUUCUUUGCACUUUUCCAAUAGUACAUAAUAGUACAUAAUUAUUGGUACAGACUUUUACAAUACAAGAUAAAUGUAAAUGUAUGUAGUUUUUAAACUUUUUGAAAUUAAUAUAGUUUCAUAGUUUCAAUGUUGAAGUUACAUUUGAAGGCACUAAUGGUAAUUACUCAAAAUAAUUAUUAGCAUAAAACCUUACUUGGUGACGAGUAAUGGGGAG